CGCUGCAAUUGUCGCCCGCACAUCGCCUGCACCGUCGCCGAAUCCGAAUCAUUCAUCAUGUCCGACGAGGAAGGCCAGGAGCUUGUCACCAAGCCCUUCAAGUUUGUCACUGGUGGCACUGAUGCCCGUUUCCCCAACGUGAACCAGACCAAGCACUGCUGGCAAAACUACGUCGACUACCACAAGUGCAUCAUCGCCAAGGGAGAGGACUUUGCGCCUUGCCGUCAGUUCUGGUUGGCCUACCGAUCACUGUGCCCCUCUGGAUGGUACCAGCGAUGGGACGAGCAGCGCGAGGGUGGUAACUUCCCCGUGAAGCUCGAUGCUUAAAUUUCAUAUUUAACACGGCGGGGUACAUAAGCAUGGGUGUUCACAUAGAUUAAGCAGCCAGGCUCCGCAUGUACUGCAAGAAAAUGAAGUAGUCAAUCGCAAGCAAAUAGGCUCAAUAUUUUACU